AUGACUCCAACGAGAAGCGAACAUAACGUUGUGGCCGUUCUGUCUAUACUCUACCAGGACGAAGUAAAUCAAGUAUUAACAACUAAUGUGUGGCUGGAACAGGAAUGGACAGAUGAGCGCCUCAAGUGGGACCCCCGAGAUUACAAUGGAUUGGUAGUGUUACGUAUUCCAUGUGAAAAAAUAUGGCUCCCUGAUAUCGUCCUUUAUAACAGUGCGGACGACUUCACAUCCGGGUACAUGCAGAGUAAAGCCAUGGUCAACUGCAAUGGAACGGUGUUCUGGCCGCCUCCUGCAAAAUUCAGGAGCUCGUGCAAAAUAGACAUUACUUAUUUUCCAUUUGAUGAUCAAACUUGUAAAAUGAAGUUUGGUUCGUGGACGUAUGAUGGUUUUCAAGUCGACCUCACAAACAGGUCAGCGGCGGUCGAUCUUUCAAACUACGUGUAUAGUGGUGAAUGGGAACUCUUGGAUAUACGGGUAGUUCGAAACGAAGUUUUUUACCCAUGUUGCAUAGAACCUUUCCCGGAUGUGACGUUUACUGUGAUUAUGCGCAGAAGAACUCUGUAUUAUUUGUUCAAUAUUAUAUUCCCGUGUUUGUGGUUGACCAUCCUGAGUUUAUUGGGAUUCUGGCUUCCUCCUGAUUCUGGAGAAAAGAUUACACUCGGAAUUACUGUUUUACUGGCUUUCUCUGUAUUCAUGCUUCUGAUAGCAGAAAAUAUGCCAGCUACAUCGGAAUUCGUACCGCUUAUAGGUGACACUGCGCCUGAUAUAGUGAUUGGGACUGAAACCUGGCUUAAACCGAGCAUAAAAUCAGCCGAAAUCUUCCCUUCGGGCUUUAAGAUCUACCGAAAUGACAGAAAAAAGUCAGACACUGAUAAAGAUGGUGGUGGUGUACUGAUCGCUAUAAAAGACCACCUCAUCAGCGAAGAAGUACAUGAUCUGACACCAAACAAGGCCAGUGAAUCUAUAUGGGGCAAAGUGAAUGUAAUCGGGAGUAAAACACUCUAUAUCUGCCCCUUCUACCAUCCCAAAACAUCUGACGAAAACAGUAUGAGAUUGUUUAGCUAUUCCAUCAAAGAAGCCACCAAAAUUAAUAAUGCAGCCCAUAUCAUAGGUGGCGACUUCAAUCUCCCGGGCUGGGACUGGAAAAAUAAAGUCCUCAAACCCAAAACAAAUCAUGAAAAAAUACACUAUGAUUUUGCCAACUUACUGGAUGACACGGCACUCACCCAGCUAAUCGAUCAACCCACCAGAAAUGAAAAAUAUCCCUGA